AUGCGGCGGUACAAACUGCGACCAAAGCUGCACUUCUGGUUGCACCAGUGGCGCCGCCUGAAGCUUUGCCCUUUGAAUUUAAAAGUCAACAAUUGCUUUGGCGAUGAGGACUUUGUCCGGCGCAUGUGUAAUAUAGCUUCCGGGUGGCACUGGCACCAAUGCAAUGCGUAG